GCUCGUUACCGUGAGAACACGCAGCUCCGUAGCUCAGUUACACACGACACCCGCUCGUCUUCGUCAGUUCGUCUCCUCCACCUCUGUAUCCCUCUCACUCCACCGGCCGCCGGCCCUCGCAUCGGCGCGUUCCCAAUGAUCACAUUUGCGGACCUGACGGAGCCGGCCGCCGCCGGCGCCGAGCGGUGCGUGGACCGGCAACUGUGGCUGGCGUGCGCGGGCAGCAUGUGCACCGUGCCGCUUGUUGGCGCCAGCGUCUGCUACUUCCCGCAGGGGCACGCGGAGCACGCGCUCGGUCUCGACGGUGCGGCCGACCUCUCCGCGGCGCGCGUACCGGCGCUGGUCCCCUGCCGCGUCACGGCAGUGCGCUACAUGGCUGAUCCAGACACCGACGAGGUCUUCGCCAGGAUCCGCCUCGUCCCGCUACGCGGCGGGGAGGCGCACGCGGGUGGCCUCGAUGACGAUGUGGCCGCGGCGGACGAGCAGGAGAAGCCGGCGUCGUUCGCCAAGACGCUGACACAGUCCGACGCCAACAACGGCGGCGGGUUCUCCGUGCCGAGGUACUGCGCGGAGACCAUCUUCCCGCGGCUUGACUACGCCGCCGACCCGCCCGUGCAGAACGUCGUCGCCAAGGAUGUGCACGGGACCGCCUGGAAGUUCCGCCACAUCUACCGGGGCACGCCGCGCCGGCACCUGCUCACCACUGGGUGGAGCACGUUUGUCAACCAGAAGAAGCUCAUCGCCGGGGACUCCAUCGUGUUCCUCCGCGGUGACAGCGGGGACCUGCACGUCGGCAUCCGGCGCGCAAAGCGUGGGUUCUGCGGCGCUGGUGGGGGCGGAGGCGACGAGGCCCCUACGCCCGGGUGGCAUCAUUACGCCGGCCUUAUCCGAGGUAAUGUGAGCCCUUGCGCGGCUGCCAAGGCACGGGGCAAGGUGCGACCAGAGGACGUGGCCGAGGCGGCGAGGCUGGCGGCUGCCGGGCAGUCGUUUGAGGUGGUGUACUACCCUCGCGCGAGCACGCCCGAGUUCUGCGUUCGCGCCGCCGCGGUCCGCGCGGCGAUGAGGGUGCAGUGGUCCCCAGGGAUGCGGUUCAAGAUGGCGUUCGAGACCGAGGACUCCUCCAGGAUCAGCUGGUUCAUGGGCACCGUCGCCGGCGUCCAGGUCACCGACCCCAUCCGCUGGCCGCAGUCGCCGUGGCGCCUUCUUCAGGUGACCUGGGACGAGCCGGACCUUCUGCAGAACGUGAAGCGGGUGAGCCCAUGGCUGGUCGAGCUGGUGUCAAGCAUGCCGGCCAUCCACCUCGCCUCCUUCUCGCCGCCGCGGAAGAAGCCCCGCAUCCCAGCGUACCCCGAGUUCCCCUUCGAAGGGCAGCUCCUUAACCCGGCGUUCCCGCCCAGCCCACUGCCACACGGCCAGCAACACCACCACAAUUUCCUUCACGCCCACCCACCGUCGUUCUUCCCGUUCCCGGACGGCAGUGCUCCUGCAGCCAUACAGGGAGCCAGGCAUGCGCAAUUUGUUCCAUCUUUAUCAGAUCUCCACCUUAUCCACCUGCAGUCGAGCCUGCUGUACCCUGGGCUCCGCCGUCCCGACCAUGUCGGUCCGACGAUCCCUAUCCCGUCGGGAAUCAGCACCGACCUGACCAUCGGAGGCGCACCGGCGCGCGACGGCGUCCCGUGUGCCCUGUCCGUCGGUGCCAGCAAGCAGAACCCCGACGCCGUCAAGCCGGCGGGGCUGGUGCUCUUCGGACGGACCAUACUAACCGAGCAUCAGAUGAGCCUCAGCAGCUCCGGCGGCGCCACCUCCCCAGCGGCGACUGGUAACAGCUCUCUGUGCUGGACCGCCGAGAAGGGCCCCAAUGUCUCGGAGGGCUCGGGCUCGGGCUCGGGCUCCGGCGUCAUCCAGAACAGCCCGACCGGCAAGAACACGUCGUCGGAGAGGCUGCCGUGGUUCGGGGACGGCAGCAGCCAGCAGGCCUCCGAGCCCGGUCUUGAGCCCGGACAAUGCAAGGUGUUCGUCGAGUCCGACACGGUCGGCCGCAACCUCGACCUGUCGGCGCUGGGCUCGUUCGACGAGCUGUACGGCCGCCUGUCCGAGAUGUUCGGCGUCGAGGGCGCGGAGAUGCGGAGCCGCGUGCUGUACCGCGGCGCCACCGGUGAAGUGAGGCACGCCGGCGACGAGCCCUUCAGCGAUUUCGUCAAGUCGGCACGGAGGAUCACGAUAUUAACCGAUGCUGGGAGCGACAACCUAGGAAGCUAAGUGAGGAGCAGUGAACCAAUUCCAGCCGCGAGUACUGACUAGCCAAGUAGCUAGUGUUUGGUUACAGGAACAGCAUAGGAUGAAUUUUUUGUUGUUGUUGAUGUUUGGAUUUGGACAAGAGACACCAAGAGUCACGGUCACGAACGUCCCAAGUAGAAUAAAUAUUCGCUUGAGACCUGGGCCACGAGCUUCUUCGCGUGAAGAGGAGACAGCAACCGCAGUGAGGGAGGAGAAAAGGUGGCCGUCGGCGAGGUUGAGUGGCCGCACGGGGGAGCUUCAGCCCCCCGCCGUGCGGGUGAUCUCCGGCUGGCCGCCACGCGGGCGAGCGUGGGGGGAGCUUGGGCCCUGCUGCCGCGCGGGCAACCUCUGGCGGUCUGGCCCACGCCCACCAUCGCGCAAGGCGAGCGCGGGGGAACUCCGGCAGUCAAGCCCCCAGCGGCCCUCCUCGUCGCUUAGAGAGGUGGGGCCCCGUAUGUCAUAUGGUUGAUCUCAUUGUUUUUUUUUUGUCUUAAAACCAAAUAAAAAAGUAGUCAUUCCGUCUCUUUUGAACCAAACAAAGAGAAAUUAUCGUUCCGUUACAGCUCUGUACUCCGAAGGGAGAUGUCGCCGUGGCAGGUCGUAGGCAAUGCCAUGCCAAAAUGAUUAGGCAGUUCGCUGUUCGAUU